AACGGGUUUCAUAAAGUGUCUCAGGUAUGAACAAGUGUUAUACACAUCUCUUGGCAGAAACCAUAACUCUGCAUAAAGUAUGGCACUGUCUGAGACGACAUGAUUGUAUAUCCGUUCUACUCUUGUUUGUGGCUGUAGGUACACAAGCAGCUUCUAUAGUGUGUGACUCACACAUGUAUACAUACCAUAGCAUCUCAUUCUCAGCAGAUCAUGCCAACCAGACGUGCUAUCAACAAUAUGGUGGUCGUCCAUUGUCUACAGACGGGCAGCAACUCAGCUGUGCCUCACAACUGCUGAACACAUCGCAAGUUUUGCGUGACAACAGCGUCACCAACAUACCGGUAUACACCAACGUCACUAAUGGGUCUCAUUGCGCUACCUACCAACCAUCUGCUAACACAGUAGGUCAAGACUCCUGCACCACAGCACGUCCCACAAUCUGUGUGUCUCGGUACUGCAAUAGCAGUUACAACUUGGUGGCGGUACCUGGUGAAGACCGGUGUGUGUGUAGACCCGGUUAUUAUAUCAGCACACCCGCACACAGCUGUGAAUCCAUUGUCGACAUGCUAAAUAUUACUGACGAAGGGCUUGGGAGUUCAAACGUCACUGUUUUCAGCUUGAUUGAUUCAGAGUGGAGGGUGCACAGUGUCUACACACAGAAUACACUACAACAGCUGGCUAAUCUCUCCUUACCAGAAGGGAGAUUUGCCAUCAGAUCUGCUGAGCGGAUCAUCUACACGUUUUCCGAAUCUCUACAGGAAGCUGACACUGUUGCAGCAGAGCUGGCCGAGCAUCGCUCCCGAUUCUUCAUGGUGAACAACAGCUUGAAUGAUAUCCUUGUACCCACAGCCCAUCUGCGCAGCUACCUGGCCGACCUGAACAUUUGGUUUCGGCGGUACCGAGUCGAGUGCAUUAAUUUUACUAUUGCAAAUGAAUCAGACAACUGUAAUUACAGUCUGUUCACGGAGACACACCGGUUCCAGGAUGGCCUGUACGAGUUUGCCCUGUCUCCACUCACCUCUACGAUACUUAGUGUAGCAGUUCUAUACACAGUUGACCUAGGACCGACUACCACUGUACCGCGGAUGGAUGGCAUGCCUAGUAACAAUGGUAAGUAUUCAGUGUGUUCAUGUUUGGAUGAUGAUGUUGUAACUCGCUUUUCUCUACCUGCUCCCAGUUCCGUGCCAUCUCCACACUUUUAG